AUGAAUUCCCAUUUCCAACGUCGAUCUCUUCAAGGUCGACUAGAUAGACACGAAUCCACCACAGCUGCAGCUCUUCCAUGUGACCCUCGUGAGGGCAAAUCAUCCUAUCAAGCCAUGGCUGAGCCGCUGAAGCGCUGCCGACUCGCUCCCAGCCAUCAACUCUUCUCUCUCUACGGGUUUUUCGUUGUACUACUCGCCCACUUCACAGCCACGUGUCUUGAGUUCAGUGUUGAAGAAUAUUCGUCGAAUACGAGCCAUCACUACCAUCGCACACGACAUGCUCGAGAGAAACACAGUUCGCCCUACAAAUCAGCCGCUUCUACCACCACGAAUACUCACUCCGAUCAAUACGAGUCAUUUUCGCUCAACUGUCCACACGUCGCUGAUGCCAGUAACGACAACGUACGAAUAGAAGUGACGUGGACACUCAACGACACAAUAUGGCUCAAGAUUGAAGCAGGAGAGAAGAAGAUUUUCAACCGCUUGACAACGUUCACCAAACGCGUCGUUGCUGGCAAAACUGUUCUUCGUGUCCUCCUCAACAACGGCCGAUAUUUCUUCGACUAUGAUGAAUUAACUGGUGACUUUGUCAUGGAAAUUCGUCCUGUCAAUGUUGAUGAAGAUGCUGGCGUUUGGCAAUGCCACGUUACCGUCUACCAGAAAGGAAACACUCAUACUCCUUACCAGCCGAAGUCGAGUAAAAGUACCACAUGGUGUGAGUUCUGA